UUGUGACGCACUGGGGUUCGGCGGCAGACGGUGAUGGCGGACUGCCGAGCGCCGAGUCCUCGCUGGUUCUUCACCCGGGAGCAGCUGGAGAACAGCCCGUCGAGGCGCUGCGGGAUGGAGGCCGACAAGGAGCUGUCGUAUCGGCAGCAAGCUGCCAAUCUCGUCCAGGACAUGGGGCAGCGCCUCAACGUAUCCCAGCUCACCAUCAACACUGCCAUUGUUUACAUGCACCGCUUCUAUAUGCAUCAUUCUUUUACCAAAUACAACAGAAAUAUAAUCUCUCCUACUGCAUUGUUCCUGGCUGCUAAAGUGGAGGAACAGCCUCGUAAACUUGAACAUGUCAUUAAAGUAUGUCAUGCUUGUCUUAAUCCAGUCGAUCCACUGCUGGAUGCAAAAAGCGAUGCUUACCUACAGCAAGCUCAAGAGCUGGUUAUACUUGAAACUGUCCUGCUGCAGACCUUAGGCUUCGAGAUCACUAUUGAACAUCCCCACACAGAUGUCGUUAAGUGCACCCAAUUAGUGAGAGCAAGCAAGGACUUGGCACAGACCUCCUAUUUCAUGGCUACCAACAGUCUGCACCUCACAACUUUCUGCCUUCAGUACAAGCCCACGGUAAUCGCCUGUGUGUGCAUCCACCUGGCCUGCAAGUGGUCCAACUGGGAGAUACCUGUAUCUACAGAUGGGAAGCAUUGGUGGGAGUAUGUGGACCAGACGGUGACACUGGAAUUGCUGGAUGAACUGACGCAUGAAUUUCUGCAAAUUCUUGAGAAGACACCCAACCGGUUGAAGAAGAUUCGAAACUGGAGGGCCAGUCAGGCGGCUACAAGAAAACCCAAGUCUGAUGGUCAACUCGACAGUGCUCUGCUUAAUUCGUCACUUGCCCCGAACUCCAUUUUGGUGGACCCCGUAGCUGGUAUUGCCACAGGCGCCAGUUUUCCAAAGGCAUCCACGUCUGUGUUUCCUGCACCGGUAGCUCUGAACUCAGGAAGCAUGCCAAUUCAGGCGGCCCAUAACACGGAGGAACUGGCCUUAUUGGGAAUGCCUGGUACAUCCUAUACAAUGGCAUCUCAUCACGAAUGGCCUCAGCAUCCGGAUCAGCCUAGGACAGACCAAGUGUAUGGCCAGAAAACGGAUAGUUCUCUCCCAUCUGCUCAGUAUAACCUGACUGCUGUUCAACUCCACCCUGGCUUACAUCAUCGCUCCGAAAAGGUUUCCGAGCACUCGGCUAAGCUGGAGCAUGCUCAUAAGUCAUCUGGCGGCAAACACUAUGGACAAAUUUAUGCUCCUCCAGUAACUAUGUCUCAUAAAAUGUCUUUGGACAAGUACCGGGAAAAACGCAAACUUGAAACUGUCGAUAUAGAUAUUAGAGAUCAAAUUCUGACAGUUCACGCGGACCAACAGCAGCAACAUAAAAAACAUAGCCAAGCCUCCGGCAGCAGCUCUGUGACGUCUCCCAUCAAAAUGAAAAUUCCACUUUCCAGUAGUGAAAAGACAGAAAAACAUUCUUCCGAGAAGAAAGAUAAGAGCGGUUCCCUGAAGCUGCGCAUACCCAUCCCGCCCACGGAGAGAACCUCCAGCAAAGAUGACUUGAAAAUGAAAAUUAAGGUCUCUUCCGGGGAGAGACACAGCUCAUCGGACGAGGGCAGCGGAAAGAGCAAGCACUCGAGUCCGCACAUGAGCAAAGAACACAAGGACAAGCACAAUUCUUCCAGCCGGCACCACGGUAGCAGCCACAAGCAUUCACAUUCACACUACAGCAGUGCGAGCAGCAACAACAACAGCAAUAAGCUUAGUAUGGACGGACUGCCUACAACUGUUUUACGGAGUCCCGUUGGUGUGCCCAACGAUGGUGGUACCUCGAGCUCCAGCUCUUCAAGAAAGAGGCCGCAUUCCAAUGACGCCUCUUACAACCACCACCCCAAAAUGAGCAAAAGUUCCAAAAGUUCAGGUACUAGUUCUUCCUCUGUUAAGCAGUAUAUAUCCUCUCACAACACUGUUCUUAACCAUCCCUUACUCCCUCCUCCCCCUGUCACAUACCAGGUGGGCUACGGGCAUCUCAGCACCCUCGUGAAACUGGACAAGAAGGCAGUGGAGAGCAACGGCCCUGAUACCAGUCACGAGUACGGUGCAAACAGCCAGCACAUGGACUACAAAGAUACUUUAGACAUGCUCGAUUCGCUGUUAAGCGCCCAAGGAAUGAACAUGUGAUUAGCGCUCUUAAUUUUAACCCCCCCUCCCGCCAUUUAAUGUGUAUAUAUAUUAUAUAUUUUUUAAUUUAAAACAAAAAAAAAAGUUAGUAUGGAAAAACUUCCUUAUCUAACUGGUGGUGACACCCGUGGCCACAGUUUCAAUACAUUUAUAAGUGCUGCUUUUAUCCCUCGCUCUGAAAAAGAAGAGGUCUAGUGAAAUGUCUCUCUCCACAUACAAUAGUGUUAUGAAAAAAAUACUGUAAAUCGCAUGGAAGGUGCAAAAUCUCAGUAUUUCUACCAUUCUAUGAACAGAAGAACGGAUGUUUGUUUCAAAACUUGUAGAUUGCUUCAAGCCUUGUCUGAUCGGCCUUGCAAGAGGCGCAGCCAGAGGUCGUUUGACGCUUAGGUUUUCCUGGACGAGUGUAAAUCUUAUUUCAGAAUUUUUUUAUUUUUUUUCCUUUGUAUAUUUAAACUGUAUGUAUGAUAUGCAUGUCUCAUAGAUAAAGGGAUGAAAACGGAUUCUACAGACAACUGUUUACAAUGACGGUGGAGAAGAAAAUGUACAUACAUUUUUGUAUGUUUAGAUAUAACCAUACAAUACUCAGGUUUGGAGCUGCUCGUAAGAAUAACAAUAUACAGAUUAACUUUAUUUUAUCUUUUGGCAAAAGUCCAUCGAUCUACUAAACGAAAGCAAAAGAUGGCUUUGUCGACGUCUCCUAAAAAUCCUUUCUGUGCUACAGCGGUCUGCACGCGGUGUUGCCGGGCUUUGUCGCACUAGAAACUGUAGGCCUUAAUGGGGAUCAGCAGAAAAAAAAGACAAACAAACCACUAAAAGAGGAAAUUUUAUGGUGGACCGGGGGAGGCAGCAGUCCCCUGUACCAGUCACUAGAAUGGCAAUAGAAGGGGGAAUUCUGUGCCUCACACUUUCAUUUGGUGACCGCCUGCCCCCCCUCCCCCCCAUGCGUUUGGUCCUCAGGGUUGCGAAGGUAAUGCGAAAGUAAAAAAAAAAAGAUAAAAA